AUGGGGAGCGGCGACAGCCACCUGCUGAGCGCGCUGCGCCACCACCUCCACGGCGGGGGGAGCAGGAGGGAGAGCCAGACCCAGGCGGCGCAUCAUGUUCCUAGGGGUUGCGUGGUGGUGAUGGUGGGGAAGGAAGGGGAGGAGGAACUGGAGCGCUUCGUGGUGCCGCUGUCCUACUUGGGCCACCCGCUGUUCGCGCCGCUGCUCCGGGAGGCGGCGGAGGAGUACGGUUUCCGCCACCGCGGCGCCGUCGCCAUCCCCUGCUCCCCCGCCGAGUUCCGCUCCGUCCUGGAACUCAUCGACCGCGAACAGCUCCUCCUCUCCCAUCCCCACGGCGGCGCAACCGGCCACCACCAUCUCCACGGUCCCCACCACCUGGUGAGCUGCUUCCGGGCAUGA